AACAAAAAUGUCCGUAUUUUCCGAGGUCCCACAAGCAGCUCCCGUUGCUGUUUUUAAGCUAAGCCAGGACUUUGCCAACGACCAGUUUCCUAAUAAGGUGAACCUCGGAGUGGGAGCCUACAGGACAGAUGAAGGCAAGCCCUGGGUUUUGCCAGUAGUGAAAAAGGUGGAAAAGAUCAUUGUGCACGAUGACAGGUUAAACCACGAGUACCUGCCCAUCCUGGGCCUGCCAGAGUUCAGAUCCUCUGCCUCCAAGAUCGCCCUGGGAGAUGACAGUCCUGCUAUCCAGCAAGACAGGGUGGGAGCUGUCCAGUGUCUGGGAGGUACUGGUGCUUUGAAGAUGGGUGCUGAGUUUCUCAGGCGGUUCUACAACGGAAACAACAACACAAAAACACCAGUCUAUGUGUCUGCACCUACUUGGGAAAAUCAUAAUGCUGUAUUCAGCAAUGCCGGCUUUGAUGAUGUCCGUCCGUACAAAUACUGGAACCCGGAGAAGAGAGGUCUUGAUUUGGCUGGUUUUCUCGGUGACCUGGAGAAUUGUCCAGAGCACUCAAUCUUUGUCCUGCACGCCUGUGCCCACAACCCAACUGGAACAGACCCCACACAGGAGCAGUGGAAGCAAAUAGCUGAAGUUAUGAUGGUGAGGAAGCUGUUUGCAUUCUUCGACUCGGCCUAUCAAGGAUUCGCCUCGGGCAAUCUGGAGAAAGACGCCUGGGCCGUUCGUUACUUCGUCUCCUUGGGCUUUGAAAUGUUCUGUGCUCAGUCGUUCUCCAAGAACUUUGGUCUCUACAACGAGCGUGUGGGCAACCUGACAAUUGUGGCUCGUGAUGCAGACAGCCUGAAGAAAGUCCUUUCCCAGAUGGAGAAGAUUGUCAGGACCACCUGGUCCAAUCCGCCGUCUCAGGGAGCUCGCAUUGUAGCAGUCACCCUAAACUCAGCGGAGCUCUUUGCUGAAUGGAAGGACAACGUCAAGACCAUGGCUGACAGGGUCUUGCUGAUGAGGGCUCAGCUGAAAGCCAAACUUCAAGCUUUGGGCACACCUGGGACCUGGGACCACAUCACAGACCAGAUUGGCAUGUUCAGCUUCACAGGACUGAACACCAAACAAGUGGAAUACAUGGUGAAGGAGAAGCACAUCUACCUAAUGGCCAGCGGGCGCAUCAACAUGUGUGGUCUGACCAGCAAGAACAUCGACUACGUGGCGGAAUCCAUCCACCAGGCUGUCACCCAGGUGCAGUAG